UUAGCUGUGUCCAGUCUUCCAAAGCGCAAUUAUGUUACACCUAGCUCCUUGUCCAGGUGUGAAAACGUAAUAGAAAAUACAUUUAACAAUCAGUCAUUGUCUGAGGUGAACAAAUCCGAGGCAUUAGUCCCGGGAUUUACCGGGUACAACACAGCCCGUGGAAGUCUUGAUUGUCGGGAUCGCGCGUGAGAUGAUGAGCCGGAGAGCCCGGAAAGAGCUGGUGGUUCCAGAGGGCCUCUCCGAGCCCGACCUAAAAGAAAUCUUAUCUGCCUUUGACGCCCUGGAUGUUAACAAAGAUGGUAGUAUAUCGAAGAAGGAAAUGAAGGAUGCAGCCAGGAUGACAGGAAUGAAUCCUACAGACAAGGAGGUCGAGGAAUGGUGGAAGGCGGCGGACGCUAACGGAGACGGGAACGUGAGUUUGCAGGAGUACGUCAAUAUAAUGGCAGACAAUUACGUCACCAUUGAUCUGGAACAGGAGAGGAUGGAGACAGCGUUUAAGGUGAUCGAUAAGAAUGGGGACGGUCAGAUCUCACUGCAGGAGUUCCGGGCCGUGAUGACCUUCAACAACAUGUUCUCCAAGGACGAGGUGGACAAGUUGUUUAAGGAGGUUGACACGAAGGGCAAGGGCUACAUUGACUACAAUGAUUUCAUCAAAAACCGAAUGUACGAAGUCCUAUUUUGACCAGCUGGUUAUUUUUAUACGUCAUCGCAGAGUCUUCAUUCAUCACUGAGUGCCAUUUUCUGACAUUAGAAAAAAAUGAGAAAUUUCCCGUUUCAUCAUUGGUGCUAUGGCUGUUUUAGAAACCCGCGAACAUGUUGUUUUUAAAUACAAUAUAUGUAUAUCAAUAAAAUAUAUGGGAAAAGUUCAAA